AGCCUGACACCAUUGCCAAUGGCGAUUUGUUGCGUCGGAAACACCAUGGAGGCACACAACUCGUACACUGUUAUGUGAAUGUUUGUUUAUUAAACACCUGCAACGUCGUUUAUGCCUAUGUCUAUCGUUUCGAUGUCUUCUGAGUCCAUCAUUUCAAAGCUGUCAUCUGGGAGGAUGUCGGCUUGCAACUCAUGGCCGGUGAACUCCUUGUGCUUUAGUGGUUCCACAUCCAAGAUGACUGCUUUGCAGCGCCGAACUGUUGCAGCGCCAUUUGUGGAUCAGGAGGAGACGCGUCUUCCAUGGCGGUGUCGGGGUGUAGUUAGCCAUGCUCAACAUCCACUUCGCUCGAUUGACUUGUACUUGCUCGGCUUGCCGCGGCAAGAUGGCGGUCACGGCGCUUCCGAGCUUCAUUUGCCUAGGUACCCGGAGAUGCAGCGAGUCGCUUCAAACGCAUUGCCUCUCUUGCGUUGGCCCGUCGCGUCCCUGGACUCUGUGGUGUCGGACGCGCCUCGCCGCCCUGAUGCAUGCGACGUACGUAUACGCUCAGCCCAUGCUACCGCCACUGCCGCCGCCACACCACACCCAAGCAGACGGUCGCCACGCGCGCCUCGCGACAGUGACGUCAGGCCACACAGCGCCCAAUCGGGAGACCACCUCAAUCGCCUGACGACAGUGACGUCACGCACGCGAGCCAAUCAGGAGGCGCACACCUUCGCCUAGCGACAGUGACGUCACGACACAGAGGAGACCAGUCAGGAGGCCGGAAAGCUGUGACAGUUUCUGCUAACGGCAGAUGACCUUGACAAUGAGCCAUUAAAGGAUUAAUUCCGCCUCAAUACAACGUCCCGUUUGUCCAACAUAUGACUUGCCGCAAUCUAGAGGUAUCGCGUAGACAGCCCCUCCAACGCAGUCCCUGAAAGGUUUGGCGUGCUGCUUCUGGCAGCCCCCGGCCCAUCGCGUGUGGUCCGGGGGCACAAGUGAGCCAACUUAUUAGAAACCGAAAAGACAACCGGAAUGCCAUAUCUGUUAGUCACGUUCUUGAGGUUAUGGCUAACAGGGUGCACAUAAGGGACUAUAGCUCUGCCUUAACACGCUCGCUUUCCUUCGAGUGCGUUUUCACACUCGCAGCGCUAGUUUUCAGCUUCUGCAGGAGGGACUCGAUCACGGAUUUUCAGACUGAGGGUAGCCUGCUUUUAGAAGUCUCUCAAGCUGAUGGCAAAAACUCGCCUGCGCCAGCAAGAAAUGCCGGCAGCCACGCGCUCCUAGUAUCGCGUUUCAAUCGCUGGGCACCGUUCGUUGGCCGCAAACCAUCAGGAUAACAUUUCUUUCGCGGCAGGGCGGAAUCAAUCGCCGAUAAAUUCUAUGCCGAUCUGGCGCGAUCGCCGAAAAUGCACCGUGUGACAAACGCGCAUAAGAUAGCAUUCUCACAGGGGGAAAGGGGUCCCCUAUCCCCCUGUUUAGCUCUAUUUCUCUCCCGCUACGUCACGUGGCCCCUUAGCGAAGUCCGGCAACGACUGUAGGGUCCGCAUAAACAGCUUCGCUGUAAAAACCGGCAGAUCCCACGCACGCCUUGUGGGAAUCGGUGUUACGCGAAGCGGUGUCAUGGUCAUUUCCUAACGAGAAAAUGACCUUGAGAUCGCCAAGACGUAGGCGGCUGUUUCAUGACACACGUGCCAUGAUAUUCAUGUCAUGAACGAUCAUUAAGGCUUAAUUGUCGUACACUCUUGUCAUACUUGCCAAUUUUGGUACAUACCAAGUUAACGAAACGACCAUGGGAGCGCCAAGACGUAGGUGGCUGUUUCAUGACCUACAUGACACACGUGCCAUGAUAUUCAUGUCAUGAAUGAUCAUUAAAGUUUGUCGUACACUCUUGUCAUACUAUGCCAAUUUUGGUACAUACCGAAUUAACGAAAUGACCAUGAAAGCGUCGGGACGUAGGCGGCUAGAUACUCUGAAAGUGGCGAAUGUUCGCCAAGAUAUGCGAACACCGCAUUAAAAAAAAAACAAAAAAACAAGUCCAUAAGUAAGGAAAAUGGCCCCAAGCGUUUUACCAACCAGUAAUUCGAGGAGCGCCGGCGCCGGGACGCCGAGCGACGCGCUACGCUGCGUGCAGGAUGCGAAAAGACAACGGCGCGUAAGGUCUACGAAACGGCGGCCCAGCGUGCUGCUGCGGUGACUGUGGAAGAAACACAGGUUGGAAACGCGACGCGAGACUUGGCGCCAGCGGGACGCUGCCGUGACAGCGGAGGAACGGAAAGAAACGCUGCGAAGGAGACGCCAGGCUAGGCAAUCACCUGCGAACGCCAUGACCGCUGAGGAACUGGAAGAAGCGUUGCGUCAACGACGCGAGGCUUGGUGCUGACGGGACGCCGCCAUGACAGCAGGGAAACGGGAAGAGGUGCUGCGACGGACACGCGAGGCUCGCCCUCAGAAGAAGCAUUAGACGACCGCUACACUUGGAGCGUGCCUGGCACAAGUGCUCUUUUCAAUGGAUGCACCGAGUUCAUCAAGUGGAAACGAUCAGCCAACGCAGACAUCACCUGAAGGGCUUGCCCAGCCUGACGACCCAGCGCAGGCAAUUGAGAACAAUCAGCCAACGCAGACAUCACCUGAAGGGCUUGCCCAGCCUGACGACCCAGCGCAGGCAAUUGAGAACAAUCAGGAUGUCGAGGCACUGACUCUGUCGACGACUGUGUCAGAGGACCUGACGUUGAACAGUGACGUGCUGAGCAGUAUGACAACGGCCAUGGCAAAUCACGGCUUUGCCAUGGUGGUGAAAGAAGGAGUUUUGAGCAUUACUUUCCAAGAAAAAGACAAGAUCAAGACUACCUUGAAAAACAAUGUCGGCGUUACAAGUACGCCUGUUGCGGUUACCAUUCAAAAUAACGUGAUACACUCGGAAGAAGUUCAUGUCAAUGUCGAAGUCAAUCAACAAGCUGCUACAACAACUGGAACCCCGACUUCGACUUUGACAGUCACCUACCUGCCACAGCUGGCUCACAUGAUAAGCCAAUUUUUGUCAUGGCUGCUGACCUUAAUCCACAGCUGCCGCAACCCGCCGGUACAACACUGAAUUGAGUAAUGAAGUCUUUCUUACAUUGACCGCUGCAAAUUGCGUAACAAUUACGUUUAAAUGUUUGAUUAAUGCCGUUGCAAUUUGGCCUCGCAGCAUAGAUAUUUUUGGGGAUACUCAGCUUCAAUUAUCUAUCGCAUCGCUCUAACGUGUGGAAAGGGUUAUUUUUAUUUUAUUUAGCAAUACUGUAAGCCUUUUUACAGGCUCAUACAGGAAUGGGUCACAAUUAAAGCAACAAAACACUGUUGGUCAAAACAGAAGAAAGCAAUGAAAUGCGCUAAUUAUUACAAUUCAAAGAUAUAACUUGCAAACAAAACGACAGACCAAAGAAAACAGUGCAAGGCAGAUAAUACAGGGAAAGGGUAAGAGCUAUGAACAAUUCAGAUGUGGUGGGAAACGGCCAAAACACAGUUGCGCAACGGAACGUUCUAGCGUUCGUUGUAGCGUUGAACGUUGUUCCUUUGCUCUCAGGAACGCAGGAAGUAUAAAAGCAGUGAAGAAACUGGGAAUAGGCAAUAAUCAGAUGUAUGCGUUAAGAAACAAA